AUGAACAGUAACCGAGUGCCCCUGUUGACUCUUGCAAACCUGAAGGCUAAUGUUCUCCGGUGUCGCCUGGUUAACAUGAACAUCAUGAUAUUAAUAUUGAUGCAGAUGUCUAUUUUCUGCCCUGACUGGACACUGAGUGCUGCCGAAGGGAUUCGGGUAUACCAGACCCCAGAUUCUCUGCUUGUGACUGAAGGAGGGACAGCGAACCUGACCUGUGUCUAUUCUGCUGAUGAAAUUCAGGACUUUGUAAUCAACUGGCUUCACCAACCAAGAAACCAAAAUAAUCCGACCUAUAUUAUUUACAUGGACAGAUGCAAGAGUAAUCAGUCAAUCCGGGUAGUAAAUAGAAAAGACCAAGAUCGAAAUGUAUCGCAGAUAUCAAUAAACCGCCUCCAGCCUGGGGACAGCGGCACAUAUUACUGUGAAUUGAUGAGUCUGAAUCCACCGUCCACUGAAGGUAUGAGGGGCAAUGGAAGCACAUUGACAGUUACAGAAUCUUUUAAAGAUCAUGAUUCCUGGAAAGUCAAAGUCCAGUGGUCUUUCCUGCUAUGUCUGCUGGUGAUUUUAUGCGUUGUUUUCCUUGUAGCUGCACGCAACAGGAAAGCGAGACAGAAGCAAUCAGUUGAACACAGCGUUCUGUUUACCGGAACCGUCCCAGAGGCGUAAUAUUCAGCUGUGAAUAUCUGCAAAGCAGAGCCCAAGACGGAAAGUGGAAAUGAAGUGCAAAUGGUUUACUCCCAGCUGUAGUUUAAAGAGAAGGAAGCUCAGUUUCUCAGUAAGCUGCAAUUUACAGUCC